AUGACUAAAUCAAAAGUUUUAUUCAUUGGUGACUUGAACAAAAAUUUACCCGAAUAUGUUCAAUUUAAAGACAAGUACGAGUGCAUACACUACACAUUGACAACAAAAGAGCAAUUUGAAAAAGAUCUUUCUACAAAGUUUCUGGAUAUAAGUGCAAUAUAUGCUGCUUGGUUGGGAUUUGUACCAAUUGGGGGAUUCAGAACUGUUAUUGAUACAGCACCAACCUCGUUGAAAGUGAUCUCAUUUUGCUCUGUUGGAUAUGACCAUGCAGACGCAGAAGUCAUGCAAGCAAGAAACAUAGCCAUGACCAAUGUUCCAAGUGAUGGCGCUGCCGAACCCGUGGCUGACUUGGUCACCUACUAUACCAUAUCCGCAUUUCGUCAAUUCCAUCUUUACAACAAGCAAACAACAUUGAACACCUUGGACAUUAGAUACCAAUUGGCGCAUGGCCAAUUGGAAAAUAGUUCAGGGACAGUAAAAGCCGGUAGCGGGAAAGGCUAUCAUUUUGGAGAGACAAUGUGUCAAAGACCUAAUUUGUCGCCCAGAGGACAUGUUGUAGCAAUUGUUGGAUUCGGCCAAAUUGGGAGAUUGAUAGGUAGGAGAUUAAAUGAGCUUGGCAUGAAGAUUAAAUAUGUGAAACGCUCCAAAUUGAGCAAAAAAGAAGAAGAGUCGUUGGGAUACACAGCAGAGUAUUUCCCCACCAUUGUUGAGACCCAACCCGAUUUGAUCGUUAUUGCAUGUCCUGCAACACCAGAGACUUAUCAUAUCAUAAAUGACAACCUUAUUUCUUCAAUUAAUAAGCCAUUUAGAAUAAUCAACAUUGGACGAGGGACUGUUAUAGACGAAUCUGCGUUGUUGAAAGGUUUGCAAAACGGGAAAGUUUUGUUUGCAGGUUUAGAUGUCUUUGAAGAGGAGCCCAAGAUUAAUCCGGAAUUUUUUAGUAGAGAGGAUGUUAUGAUCACUCCACAUGUAGGUGCCAGUACUGAAGAAAACUUUGAUUAUACCGCGACACAAGCAUUGAAGAACAUAGAUGAUAUAUUGAGCGGUGGUAAUGCAAACGACGAGUAUGCUAAACUUAUGGCAGUCUAUCUUCCUCAAAUGCCAACAAUAUCACAACGUAUCGUUUAUAUGUAA